UUGGACUCGAAAUGUGGCUUUUUGCCACAUUCAAGGACAUAGAAAGAAUUCCCUACCAGAUAGAAGUGGAGGACGAGAAAAUGUUAAAUGUUGUAGUCGAGGGAAGGAAACCAAAUUGUUAUAUAUGCGGGGAGAGAGGUCAUAUGAAGGCCAAAUGCCCCCUAUAUGAGUUCACACAGCCACAGCAAGAGAAAGCACAAACAGAGGAGGAAAUAAUUGUAGACCACACUGAGGAAAUAAAAGAGAGACAGAAGUGUGAAACAGAGAAAACAAAGGAGAAGAACGAAAAUGGAGCUACUAACCCUAAAAAGCGAAGAAAAAUAAGUCAAAGGAACGGUCAACAGAAAACAAAAAAAGAGAUAAAAAAGCCAGAAACUAAUAAUGUACAAGAAGAAGAAGAGAGAACGGAUAAAGAUGUGAAAUACAAGGGGCUUUUGAUAAAGUACGAGAAUUGCGAGCAGAUGGAGAGAAAAGUCGAGAGGUUAGAAGAAAUAAUAAGAGUGAAAACGCCAGAGAAAUGUGCUGAAAAAUGCAUUUUGACACGUGAGGAAAGAUGCUUCGAGUGCAUAAAAGAACUUGAUGAAAAGUUAAUAACGAAACGGAUAUGGUUGGUGGAGACACCACCCCCUAGAACUGAUUAUUUGCAGUUGUUAAGGACAGACGUAACAAUGAUUAAUGGAAGAAAGGUAACUUUUCAUCCGGUUAACCGAAAGCAUCGGCCGAAUGGAAAGGGACAACGCAAUUCUUAUCCAUUUUUCCUCGCUGUCAGCAGACCGUUAACUUGGCUUCCACACACAGCUUUCAACACCCACUAAGAGCACGUGAGCAACAACAUUGAUUGUCACCAAAACUACUACGGCUAUGUUUGUUAUACUGACUAUUUCUACAGGCAAAUAAAAUCUGUGAAUAUUAUUCUUUUCUCUUCGAUGUUGCUAUUACGCUGUCUCAUCCUACUUUCGACCAUCUACAUAUAGUGACCCCGACGCAGAACAAGAAUUUCCAUUUCUACAUCAAGUAACUUUUCAUCUGUACGCUACAAUUAGUAAAUCCGACGUAAGAACCACAUACGCCCGUUACAUAUUCU